UGCAUUCUCUCCGAGUCUCCGGUUUCAAAGAAAGAAAUCAACACCUCUACCUGAGAUUUUCGAGCACUGAUCUCACCAAUACGGACAUACUGUCUUGAAGCGCAGAGAGAGAGAGAGAGAGAGAGAGAGAGAGAGAGAGAGAGAAGAUAGUGGUCAAUGGCAACAAUGGCGAGGGCAAGUUCUGGCCUCGCGUACCCGGACCGGUUCUAUGCGGCGGCAGCUUACGUAGGUUUCGAUGGAUCUGCCGAUUCCGGUAAAGCCGUCACCUCCAAGUUCUCAAAUGACGCCGCUCUCUUGCUCUACGCACUCUAUCAGCAGGCAACCAUUGGACCUUGUAAGAUUCCUAAGCCUAGAGCUUGGAGUCCAGUGGAACAAAGCAAAUGGUCAAGCUGGAAUGGCCUUGGGAAUAUGGCUUCUGCAGAAGCGAUGCGUUUGUUUGUGAAAAUAUUGGAGGAAGAAGACCCAGGGUGGUACUCAAGGGCAUCAAAUUUUGUUAAAGAGCCUGUUGAAGAUGUAGAAAUUAAUCACAAUCCAAAUGUUGAACCAGUUGGAAAUGGAAAUGGAAAUACUUUCCCGGAGACAAAAACUGUUCCUGCUGAAAAUGGAAACAUGUCAGAGACUCAGGAUAAAGAUGUUGUGUCAGAAGGCUCCAGUGCAGUUAGUGUGUAUGAUCAAUGGGUUGCACCUCUGGUAUCUGGUCCACGUCCAAAACCUAGAUAUGAGCAUGGAGCAGCUGUCAUUGAUGAUAAGAUGUAUAUAUUUGGUGGUAAUCAUAAUGGACGUUACCUCAGUGAUCUCCAGGCUUUGGAUUUGAAAAGUUGGACAUGGUCAAGAGUUGAGGUUAAAGAAACUAGUGAGGCUUCUUCUCCAACAGGUCCUUGUGCUGGCCACUCCCUGAUACCUUGGGAGGGAAAUAAGCUUCUUUCGGUUGGUGGACAUACCAAAAAUCCUUCUGAAACUCUGCAAGUGAAGGUGUUUGAUUUGCAAUCACAUACUUGGUCGACCUUGAAGACAUAUGGAAAGCCUCCGGUAUCUCGUGGAGGUCAUUCAGUCACUCUUGCAGGGACAACAUUAGUUAUAUUUGGAGGACAAGAUGCAAAUAGAUCUCUUUUGAAUGACCUGCAUAUUUUGGACUUAGAAACCAUGACCUGGGAUGAAAUGGAUACACUAGGCGUCUCUCCUUCUCCAAGAUCUGAUCAUGCUGCUGCAGUACAUGCUGAGCGUUACCUUCUUAUUUUUGGAGGGGGCUCACAUGCAACUUGCUUCAAUGAUCUGCACGUGCUUGAUUUGCAAACAAUGGAGUGGUCAAGACCUACUCAACAAGGUGAAAUACCAAGUCCCCGAGCUGGCCAUGCUGGUGCGACUGUUGGAGAGAAUUGGUUUAUUGUCGGUGGUGGCAAUAACAAAAGUGGGGUAUCUGAAACAGUUGUUCUCAACAUGUCUGCACUGGUUUGGUCUGUUGUAACUACUGUUCAAGGACGUGUUCCCCUUGCUAGUGAGGGAUCAAGUCUGACUCUGAGCUCCUGUAAUGGUGAAGAUGUUCUUGUUUCUUUUGGUGGAUACAAUGGCCGGUAUAGUAAUGAGGUCAAUGUACUCAAACCAAGCCACAAAUCAACCUUGCAAUCAAAGAUGGUUGAGACUCCAGUUCCAGAUAGUGUAUCUGCUGUUCAUAAUGCUACAAAUGCGACCAGAGAUAUGGAAUCAGAACUUGAAACAGGCCAAGAAGGAAAAAUUAGGGAAAUUGUGAUGGACAAUGAUUCACAGCCAAUGGUGAAAAAGGUUGAGGAAACAAGUGAACAUCUUUUAUCAGCCCUCAAGGCAGAGAAGGAAGAACUAGAGUCAUCCCUCAACAAAGAAAAAUUGCAAACGCUUCAGUUGAAGCAAGAGUUAGCAGAUGCCGAGACUCGCAACACCGACCUGUACAAGGAACUACAAUCUGUACGGGGUCAGCUUGCGGCUGAACAGUCAAGAUGUUUUAAACUUGAGGUAGACGUUGCGGAGCUACGACAGAAGCUACAAACAAUGGAAACCUUACAAAAAGAACUUGAACUCCUCCAGCGACAAAAAGCUGCUUCGGAGCAAGCUGUCUUGAGUGCCAAGCAAAGGCAAAGCUCUGGUGGUGUUUGGGGCUGGCUUGCCGGAACGCCUGCUGAUCAGAAAAGUGAUGAUGAUUGAUAGACAACUCAGAUACAUAGAAAUUGCCAGAUUUUUGUAUUUUUUUAAUUAUAAUUUUUGUUUCUAAUUAUUUUGUUUGUUUGUUUAAGCUGGAUUCUUUCCAGAAAUAGAAUAAGAAAUAUAAUUUGAACUUCACAGGGAAAGCAGAGGAAACAUAGUGAAUUUUCUGUAUGGAAGUGUGGGGAUGUAGUUGCGUAAUUGUGACUUGUGAGUGAAAUAUAGGGAUCUAUUGACUA